AUGCCACGUUAUCUUCGCAACGUUCAUGUUUACGACCCCAAACCUCAGCCUCCCGUCGUUGUUGGAGGUAUCCACCAACAUGGAUCUCUGUCCAUCUCAGACUUCUACUCUAUGAUGGACACCGUGCUGGUUGCGCAAUCCUCCUGGGUCUUGUUCUUUGCUGAUGCGCAAUACCAACCUGUGGGUACUGCGCUGGAUCGUGAAGAUUGUAGCGUGUUGCCUGUGGGCAUAUAUGUCGUCAUGUCGGCCGAGAAGCAGCUGCUUGAUGUAUCUCUAACGCCGGAAAGACAUCGACCACGGACCCUGUCCCUGGACAACUCGGGACCCAUCCGCAAAGACGGCUUCAGGAAUCGUGUGCGUGAGAGGGAUCGACGUUGCUGUAUCACAGGGGAGCUUGUUGAGUCUGGAAGGUAUCAUCCUUUUCGUACGACUCACAUCUUUCCGGUUGCCCAUCGUGACGUCUGGGACUUGUUACAGCUGUCCCAGCACAUUCGAGACGACGCCCCUGAAGGCGAACAAGGCCCCGCUUCCAUCAACUCCGUUCAAAAUGGUCUUCUCCUCCGUAGUGAUAUCCACAACCGUUUCGAUGACUAUGACUUCGCCAUAAAUCCGGAUAAUGGUUAUCGUAUCGUUGACUUCACAGAAGGAGGAAAACUCGAUGGUCAUGUCUUAUGGAUCAACCAAAACGUUGAACCAAGGUAUCGCCCGUCUGAUGCUCUUCUGCGCGACCACUUUAGCCAAUGUGUACUGGCAAAUGUCAAGGGUGCAGGUGAGCAAAGGGAUGAGUGGGUAGACUUCGAGGACGACCACGACCUUAGUGACUUUUCUAAUUGGGGUCGAAGAAUGGGUGGUGGGCUUAGCCGCCUGGAACUUGAACUAGCAACACGGCUUAAUAGCCAUGAGACCCUUGUUGUCCAGCAACCUCUCGUUGUCAAGAUGUCCUUGUAACUAAGCUCCGUCCCUGUCUCACUCUCUACGAUACUUCGUCUCUUGCAAGUCUCUUGUCAUCCCCAUCACUGCAUUUUACAUAGAUCCUUGAUUUCGAAAACUUAUCAUUAUGAAAUUUUGUUCCCUCCAAGUUCCCAACAUAAUAUAUGAAUCAGGGUGUCCUAUCCA